AUGGCGAAUUACGACAAGCAAUUGUCGGACGGCCGGAAGAACGACCGCACAAAGCUGGUGCUGCUCGCCGUCGCUGCUUGCCUCCUGCUGCUUCUGGUGGUGGGGGCGGUGGUCGGUGCUAGCUACCAGCAGGACGACGGCGGCGACGACGACGUCGCCGAGCAGAGCGAGCACGCGAUCCACGCGUCGGGCAAGUCCGUCACCGCGCUCUGCUCCUCGACCGACUACGUGCAUGCGUGCGAGUCGAGCCUGUCGAAGGUGGUGCCGGAGGGCACGGAGGACCCGAAGGUGCUGCUGAAGGCGGCCGUCUCGGUGGUGCUCGACGAGGUCAGCAAGGGGUUCGCCCACUCUCGGCUGCAGACCAGCAAUGACAGCCGCGUGCGCGGCGCCGUGCAGGACUGCCAGGAGAUGUUCGAGGACUCCAAGGGCGAGAUCAACGCCACGCUGCGUAGCAUCAUCGACCAUGGCAUCGAGAAGCUCCCCGCCCGAUCGCACGACAUGCGCACCUGGCUCAGCGCCGUCAUCACCUACCAACAGACCUGCAUCGACGGCUUCCCCGACGGCGAUCUCAAGGACAAGAUGAAAGCCGCCAUGAAAAACUCCAAGGAACUCACCAGCAACGCCCUCGCCAUAAUCGGCCAGGCAUCCAGCUUCCUCUCCCUCAUCAACCUCCCCGCCCGGCGCCGCCUCCUCCUCGACGACCAGCCUCCGACGGUGACCAAGAACGGGUACCCUUCCUGGUUCACCAAAGACGACCGCCGGAUGCUCAAGAGCGUGAAGGUCAUGCUCAAGCCCAAUGUCACCGUGGCCAAGGAUGGCACCGGCGACUUCACCACCGUCAAUGAGGCACUCGCCAAGAUGCCCAACGAAUACGAAGGAAGGUACGUGAUCUACAUUAAAGAAGGAGUAUACGAGGAACAGGUAAACGUCACGAAGAAUAUGGUUAAUGUGACGAUGUUUGGCGACGGAUCGAAGAGGACCAUUAUCACCGGCAGCAAAAAUUUCAUCGACGGCACGAGGACGUUUCUGACCGCCACAUUUUUCGCGGCCGGUGAUCGAUUCGUGGCGAUCGGGAUGGCGUUCAGGAACACAGCGGGGGCGGAGAAGCACCAGGCUGUGGCGCUGCGGGUGGUGUCGGACCGGUCGGUGUUCCUCAACUGCAGGAUGGAAGGGUACCAGGACACGCUGUAUGCGCACUCGCACCGGCAGUUCUACCGGGGCUGCGUCAUCGCCGGCACCAUCGACUUCAUCUUUGGCGACGCCUCGGCGGUGUUCCAGAACUGCCUCCUGGUGGUGCGCCGGCCGCUGUCGAACCAGCAGAACAUCGUGACGGCGCAGGGGCGAACCGACAGAUGGGAGACCACCGGGUUCGUCAUCCACCGCUGCCGAUUCCUCGCCGACAACCGCCUGAAGGACCCGUCGAUGCCGGCGAUCCCGAGCUACCUCGCCCGGCCGUGGAAGGAGUUCUCGAAGACCAUCAUCAUGGAAUCGCAGAUCGACGGGUUCAUCGACAAGAAGGGAUACCUGCCGUGGGAUGGCACCUUCGCGUUGAGCACGCUGUACUACGCGGAGUACAACAACAAGGGGCCGGGGGCGGACACCGCCGGGCGGGUGAACUGGCCGGGAGUCCACGUCAUCAAAAGGAACGACGCCCUCAAGUACACGGUGGAGAACUUCAUACAGGGCUCCACGUGGAUUCCGGUGAGCGGUGCGCCGCUGCGGCUGGGAUUGAACUCUUGA